AUGGCCUCUCCAACGACACAGCAGCCCGUGGGCGCACCAACUACGCUGCCAAACAAACCCGAAAACAAACUCCCACCCAUUCCAGAUGGCUCUCGAAUCCGCAAACGCCCCCUUCCCCUCCCUCCUCACCGGCGCACCUUGAAGUCGGCCGCAUCCUCUGUCAAUUUCCAAAACCAGACGACACCCGACAUUGAUGGCUACCUGCCCCCUCCUCGCGCGAAUCGCACCCAGAUCAUCAAGGUGGCCUCUUCGGCCUCCCACAUGUCACUUGUAAAACGCGUACGAAAGGCACUGGAGAGCGCCCGAAAUAACCAACAGGGAACAACAAAAGGUCUGCCCUUGGCAGCACGUGUUGCCGCUCUGGGUGCGAAGAAUGGGGGAUCAGACCAAACCGGGCCAAUAUCAGAUGCGCUGGAUGAUGUCGUGCUUAUUGCGACGGGGAGGGCAAUUCAGAAGGCGGUUGAGGUGGGGGCCUCGUUCACGAGAGAACGAGAUUUGAUUGUGAUUGCGAGGACGAGGACGGUACAGGCAGUGGACGACAUCGAAAUGAUGGACGAGGAUGCGGAGGAGGAGGACUCGGCGCGGGUCAGACAUGUUAGUUGUGUCGAGGUUGGAGUGAGGUGGGCCAGUUGA